GAAGCAAACGGAAAUCAAGAUGUGCAUAUUCUACACCCGCAAAUACACCCUCUGCGGAUGCAUCUGGGACGACUCCUUAAGCAGCUGCAAGUACUGGGGGUUGUGCCGCAGACGAAGACUGAUGAUUCAGAGCGAGCACGAGAUGAUGUGUGGUGAAUGUUGGGAGAAGGUUACACCGGGUACGGAGCAGCAGAGUUCAAAAAUUGGGGAUGCGCUUCAAUUGGCCCAAGAUGAAGGACCGACGGAGUCGAUGGUCCAUGAAACCGAGUGUGAUCUGUCUAGGAGUUGUGAUCUGGUUGUCUUCGGGAAGAGGGUGGUCAAGAGGAGGACAUAGUAGGGCAGUGUUACUACGUUCCAGCUUAUGUGUUUUCUGAGGAGUUGUGAGGAAGUGAUAAGACUCGGAGUGUCAAGCACGAGUGCUUUGCGUAAUUUCUAAUGUGAACUUGGAUUACUAGGAGACGGCGCGUCGUUGAUUAAUGUCAUGCAAUCUCCUUUG